UUUAUAAUUAUGAUAAUUAACUAGGGUUCUCAGAAAGUUUAGAGUAUUAAAAAGAAAAUACAAAAGAAACAAUUAGUAAAGGAAUCUAAAAAGGUUGAAGUGUAAAAUAAUGAGUAAUUACAACAAGAAUAAUCUGAAUCGGAAGAAAAAGUGAGAAUUUCUAAUUUAGAUCAAUUAGAAGAAUAAGCAGAAUAAAAUAAGAAUAUGAACACAGCCAUAUUAUCAGAUAAAAAAUUCAUUGAUUUCACACUUUGUGAACCUACUAAGAAAGCAUUAGAAAAAAUGAAUUUUUCUAAAAUGACACAUAUCCAAGCUAGAACAAUACCACAUUUAUUAAAAGGUAGAGAUGUUUUAGGAGCAGCAAAAACUGGUUCAGGUAAAACUUUAGCUUUUUUGGUACCAGCAUUAGAAUUAUUGUAUAAAAAUUAAUUUUAAUAAAAAAAUGGAACUGGUAUCAUAGUUUUAACUCCAACUAGAGAAUUAGCUUAAUAAAUAUUUGAUGUUGCAAAAGAUCUCUUAUUCUAUCAUUAAAAAACUUUGGGAUUAUUAAUAGGAGGAGCUAAUAGAAAAGAAGAAGCAAUUAGAUUAUAAAAAGGAGUAAAUAUAUUAAUAGCAACUCCUGGUAGAUUAUUAGAUCAUUUAUAAAAUACAAAAGGAUUCAUUUAUCAUAAUUUAUAAUGUUUAAUAAUUGAUGAAGCUGAUUAAUUAUUAAAAAUAGGUUAUGAAGAAGAAAUGAAUGAAAUUCUUAAAUUAUUACCAAAUGAAAGAUAAACUGUAUUAUUUUCAGCAACUCAAACAAAAAAAGUUGAUGAUUUAGCUAGAUUAUCUCUUAAUUAACCUAUUUACAUAGGAGUUGAUGAUAUUGCUUAAGAAGCAACAGUUAGUGGUUUAGAAUAAGGAUAUGUUAUUGUCGAAGCAGAUAAAAAGUUUUUACUUUUAUUCACAUUCUUAUAAUUAAAUUCAGAUAAAAAGAUUAUGGUUUUUAUGUCAUCUUGUAAUUCUGUUAAAUUCCAUGCUGAAUUAUUAAACUUUGUUGACAUGCCUGUUCUUGAUAUUCAUGGAAAAUAGAAACAAAGUAAAAGAACUAACACUUAUUAUGAAUUUUGUAAUGCAAAAAAAGGUGUUCUUGUAUGUACUGAUGUAGCAGCUAGAGGUUUAGAUAUUCCAGAAGUUCAUUGGAUUAUAUAAUAUGAUCCUCCUGAUGAUACAAAAGAAUAUAUUCAUAGAGUUGGUAGAACAUGUAGAGGAUUAAAUUCUUCAGGAAAAGCUUUAAUUUUUUUAUUACCAGAAGAAAAAGGUUAUUUAGCUCAUCUAAAAUUGGCUAAAGUAGUAAUGAAUGAAUUUGAAUUUCCCUCAGAAAAAUUAGCUAAUAUUUAAGAUUAAUUUGAAAAAUUAAUUGAAAAGAAUUAUUUCCUAAAUAAAAGUGCUUUCGAAGCUUAUCGAUCAUAUUUACAUGUAAAUUAUAAUUUAAAUAUUCUUUAGUCUUAUCAAUCUCAUAGUCUCAAAGAUGUUUAUGAUGUCAAUAAUCUAGAUCUUGUUAAAGUUUCAAAAUCAUUUGGUUUUAAAUUUCCUCCUAGAGUAUCUUUAAGUAUUUGAAUUCCAUUAUUAUUUAUAGAUAUUAAGAUUGCAAGUUCAACUAAAAGAAAAUAAAAAGUCUAAUCAUUCAUGAAUAAAAAGAAACCUGGAUAAUGGAAUAAAUAAUAGUAAUCAGAUGGAAGAUAAUUUAUGAGAUGA